CCGCCGCGGACAGGGGCCGGAUGUGACCUUCUGCCUGGAGUAGCUCAAGUUCUUAGAAGUUUCAGUGCACGCCUGAGGUGGCAAUUUAUAUAAAGAAAACACUGGGACUUGAGGCCACACCUUCAAGAAUAAAAAAAAAAAAUUAGAAAAUGGAACAACCAUGUAUAUUAUGUGAGGAAGAACAAGAGCCAGAACCGCAGCAGAACAUAGAAGAAACCAAACAGGUAGAUGAUGAAGAUGGUGAGCUGAUCUUUGUUGGGGUAGAACAUGUAAAUGACGAUGCUGAGCUGAUCUUUGUUGGGGUGACUUCAAAUUCAAAACCAGUCGUUUCAAACAUUUUGAACAGAGUCACCCCAGGUUCAUGUUCAAGGAGAAAAAAGUAUGGUCACCUCAGAAAAGGUACUACUUGCAAAUUGCAGCCUAUAAGUCAUGUGACCCCUGUAUCAGAAGCAGUGACUGCCUUGCCCGUUUCUGAAUCUGAAUCAAGAUCAACAGAAAGUCCUAUUAUUAUUGAGCCUUUGUCUAAACCUGAUUAUAAAAGUAAUUCACCACAAGUCGUGCCUAAUAGCUCUUCAGAGUUAUGUUCUCCUUUGAUUACAUUCACAAAUUCAUUGCAGCAUCCAGGUGGAGCAGCACUUUCUGUAGGAGGUAUGAAUAAAAGUCCUUGCAUAUCAAAGCAACUUUCUACUGCUGAAGUAAACAAUGUAAAUCCCAAAAGGCUUAAACUCAGUGAUGGAAUCAUAGGGGGACAUGCUUCAGCUUUGUCCCCUUCAGGUAUCUUUCAUACAGUGACUGCUGAGCAAAGCACACCCUCAAACAGUGUUCAUACCUCAUUAAGCCAUGUUCAGAAUGGAGCACCUUUUCCAACAGCUUUUCCAAAGGACAGUGUUCAUUUCAACCCUGCAGAUCCUGUUAAGGAAAAUAGACAAGCAAAAACAGAUUUUUUGAGACUAGCAAGUCAAAACCAGGUUGUUGAUCCCAAGAAAGGAAGUCUGGUCAUAUUACUUCGUGACUUUUAUUAUGGGCAGCAUAAAGGAGAUGGACAGCCAGAACAGAAGACUCACACAACCUUUAAAUGCCUCAGCUGCUUGAAAGUUCUAAAGAAUGUCAAGUUUAUGAAUCACAUGAAACACCAUUUGGAACUUGAGAAGCAGAGGGGUGACAGCUGGGAAAGUUACACCACCUGCCAGCACUGCCACCGACAGUUUCCCACUCCCUUCCAGUUGCAAUGCCAUAUUGAAAGUGUACACACUACCCAGGAGCCCUCCACUGUCUGUAGAAUUUGUGAAUUGUCAUUCAAAACAGACCAAAUUCUCUUACAGCACAUGAAGGACAAUCAUAAGCCUGGUGAAAUGCCCUAUGUGUGCCAGGUUUGCAAUUACAGAUCAUCAGCCUUUGCUGAUGUGGAAACACAUUUCAGAACUUGCCAUGAAAACACUAAGAACUUGCUCUGUCCAUUCUGUCUCAAAAUUUUCAAAACUGCAACACCAUACAUGUGUCAUUAUAGGGGACACUGGGAAAAGAGUGUUCACCACUGUUCCAAAUGCCGGCUACAGUUUUUAACUUUCAAGGAGAAAAUGGAGCACAAGACCCAGUGUCAUCAAAUGUUUAAGAAGCCUAAGCAACUGGAAGGAUUGCCUCCUGAAACAAAAGUUGUUAUUCAAGUGUCACUGGGACCUCUUCACCCAGAAUCACUGGAAGUAGCAUCCAUUACUGUGAGCACGUCAGAUUCUGAACCGUCACCCCCCAGGUCUAAGAGUAAAGUUUCCAAAAAACCUCGUUAAUUCGAGUUUCAGUAAAUCUAAAGCAGGUAUUUCAAUCAAAGUCAAAAACCCUAUAAAAAUAAAAAAUACAAACCAUA